AGUCAUUUGUUUUGUUUUUCUGUAGACACACAACAGAACGUGUCCUCUGUGUUUGAGGACAGCACAGCUCGGCCAAGAGGGGGUUCAGAUCCGGAGGGUGACAGGGUCCGACAAGCCCCGCCCCUGCACCACUGUACCACCACCACUAGGUUACUGUUUGUCCAGUGAUGUUUCCCUGUAGAUUCUCACUGGCAGCUAUAUAUAGGGAAUAACUAUGUGGAGUAGGUGAAGUGGAACAGCUGACCGGAGCAACUGUUUAUUCUCUAUGAUAUUAAAUGACAAACUCGACUAACACCGUGCUCUGUCUUUGUCUAUUAACGUUUACAACCACGAAUUCAGCUCCGUCCACACAAAACACGAUGAAAAUUAAAAAUCCAAAAGUAGUUUCUUUACAACAGUCGUCAAAAUAAUCUAAAUAAAAUCAAUAAAUUUUGUCACAAAAUAUAAAAAAAGCCUUUUUUGUUUUCGUUUAGUGGCGGUAAACGUAUUUUAAUAAAUUACAAAAAAAAAAAAACUCUAAUUCCGACUGUAACGAACACGGUUAAAGUCAAGUGAACAGAACGGAAAUGACGUACUCCUGUGUGAGAUCACUGCCGUAAAUCACCGAACAGAACAGUUGCAGUGAACGCAUGAGUGAGCAUCUAUUCUGGUCGUUACGGUAACUGUGCUGCACCUGCUCCGCUCUCUGCUCUCUCACUGCUAAAACCUCCAUCGACGCGGUCGCCUCGCGUUUCUGUUGUUUAUCCUCGUUCUGUCGCUUUUUUCUCAUUAACACUCGUUUGUUUUAGUGCAGAGUGAAACAGGCGGCCGUCGCCUCGUCUUCCGGUCCACUCGUGGGAGGUUUUUAAAUCACUGACCUCCGGAGAACAGCCACAUCCACGGACGCCCAGACGAGUGAGCUUUAAGGAUAAAGAUUGUUAUUUUCGACUGCGUUACGUCAUCAGGUGACCGCCGCCGUCGACCUGGUUCGUUUUUCACCGCUGAUUAUUAUUCACCCACUUUUUUUUCCAUUCUGUGGUAACGAGUCGUUUUCAGUCCGUGUUCAUGCCAGAUCUGCAGCGCUUCAGUUUUCCAUACCAUAGCAUGAAUCCUUUGUUGGGGGCCACGGCGCAUCUCCAACAGCAUCCUCAGCAGAUCCACUCCCCCGGACACCCCGACUCUCCCUCAGGCCUCCUCGGCGACACCGUGUUCGUUGGGUCCGAUCCCGCGUCCAUUCUGCUGGUUGAACACACGGGCUUGGGGCCUGAGCAGCCGGGGCCUGACUUCACCGCACCCGCACACACCUCACCGUAUCUGCACCAUAACAACCACAGUCUGUACCAGCACCGCUCCGCGUCACACCCUCCCGCAGCCAUGGCUCUCAGAAACGACCUGGGCUCCAACAUCAGCGUCCUCAAAACUCUCAACCUGAGGUUCCGGUGCUUUUUGGCCAAAGUGCACGAACUGGAGCGAAGAAAUAAGAUCCUGGAGAAGCAGCUGCAGCAGGCGCUGGACGUCAACAAGGGCUGUCAGGGAGGAUGCUGUGACAACAGGACUCACACCCAGGAGACCGGGGUGCAGACCGGCUUUGUGGGCACCAUACCGCUCAGGCCUGGCUCGCUUCCUUUUCACAACACCAAUAACUCUGCCAGGAGGCCUACCACGCUCUUCGCGCCCCCCCUCAUCUCCACUCUGCCCCCUGGAGCCUGGCCUGAACACCAGGCCGGUUCCACCCAGACCAACCCCAGUAACCCCACCAUCACCAUCAGCCACUGCUCCCCCUGCGUGGACUCCCCCGGCUUCGGCACCAAGUCCACCUCAAACUCAACGUCAACGGGCCCCGGCAUCACCGCCAACCCCCCCCCUCCCAGGUUCCUCCCAGGCACCAUCUGGUCAUACAACCACACCCGCAAGUUCGGGCCCACGACCGAGCGGCUGACCAGCCCAGGCGUGUCCUGGGUGCACCCCGAUGGAGUUGGAGUCCAGAUCGACACCAUCACCCCCGAGAUCAGAGCCCUGUACAACGUCCUGGCCAAAGUGAAGAGGGAGAGAGACGAGUACAAACGCAGAUGGGAAGAGGAAUACACCAUGAGGAUGGACCUGCAGCAGAAGAUCGCCGACCUUCAGGAGGACCUGCAGGAGAGUGAAGGUUGUCAGGAUGAGCUGGCUCUCAGAGUUCAGCAGCUGAAGGCCGAGCUGGUUCUGUUCAAGGGUCUCAUGAGCAACAACCUGUCGGACCUGGACAGUAAGAUCCAGGAGAAGGCCAUGAAGGUGGACAUGGACAUCUGCCGGAGGAUUGACAUCACCGCUCGUCUCUGUGACGUGGCUCAGCAGAGGAACUGUGAGGAUGUGAUCCAAAUGUACCAGGUGCCUAACAGCCAGUCCACCUUAAACUGCCGUCGGAAACAAACUCCUCUGUCGUUUAACGGCAGCGAGUGUGACGAGCCUGUGAGCACGUCUGAAAGUGACGGGGGCGUGGUCAAAGACGAGGAGCACCGCGGCUCCUCGGCCAAUCAGAUCAACGAGGAGAUGCAGAGGAUGUUGAACCAACUACGUGAGUGUGAGUUUGAAGACGACUGUGACAGUCUGGCCUGGGAGGAGACUGAAGAAACGCUGCUUCUUUGGGAAGACUUCCCAGGAUGCACUUUGCCUCCUGACCCCACCCACCCAACGGGAGAGGAAGACACUCUGGAAAAAGUCAUUAGUGACACAGAGUGUCUGUUCAAGUCCCGAGAGAAGGAGUACCAGGAGACCAUCGACCAGAUCGAGCUGGAGUUAGCCACGGCCAAGAGUGACAUGAACCGACACCUGCACGAGUACAUGGAAAUGUGCUCCAUGAAGAGAGGCCUGGACGUCCAGAUGGAGACCUGCAGGAGACUGAUCACACAGAGCGGAGACAACGGCUCCGCGGCUCCUUCGUCCUCAGACGAGAGCGACCAGAGAGAAAAUGACAAGUCCUCGGCAUCACCGUCGUCCUCGUCCAACAACGGCAGGUCUUGACAUCCCCUCAAGCCCGCAGUCAUGUGACCUCCACUGCAUCUAAUUAUCAACCUCCACAUCAACGCAAUAUAUCCUAGCAGCUAACGCCACACCUCGUUUACAUCCGCUCGUCCUCAUCGUCCAGACUCGCAUCAUCCUGGGACGGAGCUGUGAAAAUGUUGUGCCACCGAGUGACUCUUGAAAAUCGGCGUCAGGCGGCAGGAAUGAUGUCACUCUGCAUAUGAGGCAAGACUUUUUCACUCCACAGUAACCAUCAACCAAUAACCUGCACACACCAAUCUGUAUCCACCAUACUGCACAUGUCAGAGUCAGAGUCGGAGUCCGUUGUCCGGCUCUGGUUCUUUACGUCAUCGUCACCAAAGGUUAAAGGUCGGUGGUCUUGGUAGUUACAACGUGAGAGAGCGCCACUGUGAUUUUCUUUAUUUGUUUGUGAUUGUUGUAGAGGAGAACGAACAGGAGCUUUUACAGAAUGACAUGAUGUCAAAGAUCAGCGUUUUACUGCCCCCUAGCUGCAGAACUUCAUCAUAACAAUCAUAACAUCCUCGCAUCAAUUAAUUAUAAAACACAAAAAUAAUUUUAAAAAAAUAAAACGAACAAGCAAAAAUGACAUCAUCUGUGUGAACAGGAAGUGCAGCAGGCGCUAGGCUGACUGACGUGCUGCGUCUACUUUGGACAAGUUAGGGACUCCUCUGUGUGAUUCAGGUCAGUUUGACUGUAAAGUCCACGUGAGCAGCACCUUCUCAGCACCGUCACCUCAGUACCAGCAUCUGUGGAUACUUCAGCUCAGCUCAGGUACACGCGUUAUCGUUACCAAAACAUUCAAAGUCAGAAAAAGCUCAGCCUUGAAGUACAACCACUGAAUAUUCUGGCUGUUUUCAACACGUAUCUCUGUCGUACUGAUGUCACUGAGUCGUAGGAAAAUACAGUCGUGAGAGGAACGAAAACAUUCAGCUGUUGUUCUUCCUCCGCCUGUUGGAUACAACGAUUGUAGUGUUUGUAGAGUCUCCAUCACUUCCUUCCUAAUGUGAUUCAGACUCAUUGUCUUGAUCUGUUUUGAAUUUGGGUCAAUAAAGUCUGACCUGGUGAAACAUUCCUUUCCCACAGUGGUUAGGCAAAUGUUGGUCAAUACAGGAAGUGGCUGAAGAGAACAGACGUGUGACUUAUUGAAGAAACACGAGUUGGUGUCCAAAUCAUGUUGCAUUACAUUUUCCUUUGUAUUUUUUAACUUUUGUUUUCAUUUAAAUUACAAUUGACAUUUUCCAGUCGUGUUGAACAACAGAUAUGAGAACUCAAGAUGACUUUUUCUCUCAGUGGUACUCGGUGAACAAACAUGAAUCAGCGCCCAACAAUCGAAUUGUUUGUGUUCUGUUCAACUGUCAUCUCCGUCUGGGAAACACGAACGCAGCUGAUCUGGAGUUAGCUUUGACGGACAGGUGUCACACAGGAGCUGUGGAUGAGUUUUAUUUUCAGUAUAUAUAUUUCAGUAAUGCUUUAGUGUACGAGCAAGGUUGCAUGGUGAAUGUUUUUACGGAUGAGGUGCGAUGGUGGAAAAAUAUUGUAUGUAAUUUCGCUGGUAAGUGCCAAAAUGAAGGUAACUUCAUUAUAAAUAAGCAGAAAAAUGCUGAAAAAAAAAAUGAAUUCAAUAUAGCUGCUGAAGCUAUUCUACCACGGUGCUUGAUGUAUAUAACUAAACCUAUUUUUGAGCCUAUAAAACUAUCAAAGUUUGCACAUAGAAAGGAAAAGCAGAGCAAAAAUGUAUAAAACAAUCAUUACCGAUUCUGGCAACGCACUACAAAUAGAAAAUUAUAUUUCUUCUAUUUGCAUUUCCUCACUUUUUAAACAUUACAUUGGGGUUACUGAAACAACGAAGGUGAACAAAUACCUCAUUUUUAUUUUAUUUACUUCAGGCACAUUGAUACAUGAUUCGCUCACACACUCACUGCUGCUGUAAAACUGUAAAUACAGAGGGCGUCCUUCAUCAGAGCUUUAUCAUCAUGUGUCUAAAUGAAGUCCCGACUGCGAGUUACCUCCAGGUGAUUUUGUGUUUUGUCUGUUUUCCUCAUAACUCUUCAGAUGAACUGAGGAACUGACUGAGCAGGUUUUAUUUUGAUCCACUGAGUGAGCCUCUGUAUGCAUGUGCUAAUGUGCGUGUUCUUUUGUUUUUUGGUGUGUAAAUGUACUGUGAGUUUAGAUUUACUGGGACAACAUGUACCACACGCAACACAACUAUCAUAUUAUUUAGAUAUUUUGACAUUGACGAGUCUUUGAAGAGUAACCCUAACAGAAGUGUAGUAGCUGUAUGAAGUCGGUGGGCUACACCGAGUGGGUUUCCAAUUAGA